AUGUCGGUGGCAAAGAGAGAAGUAGUACAUGCAAUUAAUACCGGUGCACAUUCUUCACCGAGUUCAAGAUUUUAUCCGUUAUCAUCUCCUAAAGAGAAAGCUAUGUAUGAACUAUUACAAGAUCUGUUGAAAGCUGGUUUAAUUUCUAAAACAAAAUCUGAAUACGCACCUCCUGCUGUUUUAACACCAAAACCCGAUGGCAGUUGGAGAUUAGUUAUUGAUCUGUCCCAGAAUCAUAUGAAUUUAUUGAAAGUCUCUAACGAAAUAAAACCACGAUCGUUUAUGGAGGUCAUAGGAGAAAUGUGA